AUGAGUGCCUACGGCUAUGUCGCCCAUGGCGGCAGAGGUGGGGGAUCACCCUACACCAGCAAUAUAGUUGACAAUUACCACCCGCGCAACUUGUCUGGUCACUUCGAGUACAUUGAUGCGGACCAAGGUAUCUUGCAAGACUCACACCGCCCCUCAGCUGCCAGGAUUCAUACCAAUAUGGAGGACCCUGAUGCCCCGGAUGUUAUUCUGGUUCGAUAUAUGGCCUCGAUUAUUCCGGUCGAAUUCCCUCCCUACUCCGUCAGUGAAGAAACUGCCUAUGUUGGUCAGCUGCGUCAAUCGGUGGCAAAUUAUCUACAAACAGAUCCCAGAAGAGUGAGACUGGUUUACAAAAAGCGUGAUCUGAAACACGACAAAUGGCCCUUGAGAAAAUAUAAUAUGAAGCAGAACAGUGAGGUCGCAGCUAUCAAAACGGAGGGCAUUCUGGACUACAGCGACAGAGACAGCCAUUCGUCAAGCGGAGAAGAGACAGAAUCGUCUGUCAGUAACGUCCGCCGAAGACCUCGCGCGCUUUCUUCUGUGCGACACCGUAGUGAUGAGCAGAUCCCACGACAAACCGAUCACAGAUCCACAGGUACCUCAUCGUUUCUUCACCCAAAUGGCCAUAUACCCUCAGCCACCUCAGAGCGACAAUCUCGCCCAAGUUUGCAACCUGAUCUUGAUGAGCGGUAUUAUCGACGAGAGCCUUCACGGACAAGAGGCACAUCUCCUCGCCCCACCCCCACUUCAACACCGACAGCGCCUUCCAUACCAGCCUUCCCUCCCGCUGAUCCCAACAGCCCACUAGGCAAACUCCAGGCCUUGUCCAACACGUUCCAUACCCAAUGGCUUCCACCUAGCGAGAAAUUCAUUAACGACCCUCCCACCAAUUCUCAAGCCCGGGACAAAACACAUCGCAGUCUCAGCGAGAGUAUCAUGACCCAUAUUCUACUCAAGGCGGAUGCGAUUGAAUUAGAAGGAAACGGUGACGCACGAACUUUCAGAAAGAACUUGAUCAACGAAGUCAACGAUACCAUGAAGAAACUAGACGCGGCAGCACACUGA